AAAGGUAUGUUUUUCUAAAAAUCGUGGACGGGGUAUACGAUUUUGUUGUUAAAAUUAUUUUAUUUUAUUAUUAUGUUGAUAAAAUAAUUUAUUUUUUGUUGUAGGCUUCCCCUAUCCUCCAUUGUCUCAUUCAUCUUCACAAGGUUAUUUGCAUAAUGGAACCUGGGCCGAGUGAUCCUACACAGCUAUAUCUACAACCAUCCCAUCGUUCACAGUCUAUAUGGGAGGCAUCCUCCACAGUUGUUUUGAGUUGUCGACGAAGAGAGGCAGCAUCUCAGCGUACGAUCCCAUUUGAUCAGCGUAUUGUACCAUAUUUAGAGGCUGCUGGAUUUCUAUGGGCUUCCCAAAUAGGAUUUAUGCAGUUGGACUGGCAUUUGAUUACUACUCUGGUCGAGCGUUGGAGACCAGAGACCCACACAUUUCAUAUGCCUUGUGGGGAAUGCACGAUCACCCUAUAGGAUGUUGCAGUUCAGUUAGGGUUACCUGUGGAUGGUGAGCCUGUGGUAGGGUCGUUAUUAUAUGACUGGAAGGUACUAUGUGAGGAUUACUUGGGAGUUCGUCCACCUGAAAUGAAAGGUCAACGAUUGAGCCUUCCUUGGUUGGCAGAACAGUUCACAGAAUUGCCACCGGAUGCUGAUGUAGUGAGCGUUCAAAGAUACGCUCGUGCAUACAUUAUGCAGUUAAUUGGAGGCUUUCUAUUUGCAGACAAAUCAAACACCCUGGUCCACUGUAUGUUCCUCCCGCUUUUAAUUAAUUUUGACCAGGCUGGUACGUAUGCUUGGGGCGCUGCAUGCCUCGCAUGGUUGUAUAGGGAAUUGUGUCGAGCGAGUAAUGCACGAUCUUUAGAGAUUGCUGGCCCAUUAAUAUUGUUGCAAGUAUGGGCGUAUGACAGAUUUCCUAUUCUGGCACCACAAGUACCAGUUGAGGUGUCAGUUGGUCGACCUUUGAGUUUCAGAUGGAGCGGCGUUAUACCAUUGUCAGAACUGUCAGCAAAUAUGUUGAUCACCUACCGAAUGUUUUUUGAUCGGCUGAUCAACUCUCAGAUUAAUUGGACACCAUACACGUCCCACAUUAUGGCAUUGCUUCCACGUCAAUGUCAUAACGGUCAAGCGAUGUGGACAUAUGUGGGUCCUAUGAUUUGCUUUCAUCUCGUUGAGAAGCAUCAAGCAGAUCGUGUAUUGCGACAGUUCCAUAUGCUACAAAUGCCACCAGAGUUUUGCUCCACAGAUCAGGGCCUACACCAAAUUGAUUUAAGAGGCAAGCACGAUCAAGAUUGGAGUAGGAUUCAUGCAGAGCAUAUAGCAAUGUGGCAUUCACGAAAUAAUUUUUGUGCCGAAGCAGAAGCAACACAGAAGCUGACAGUAUCAGAUAACUACUUUUUCUGGUACACGUCGAUUACCCGACGCUUCAUGACACCUGAUGGCGCUUACUGUUAUUGCAUGAAUAAUUUUGUUGAAGACGUACGUCGAGUCUCCAUGGAAAACAAUUUUGAAAUUUUUAGUCCAAUGUGUGACGAAGUCAUGGGAGAUAUAGACAACCUUGUUCAGCGGACUCGACGUUUAAAUGUUGCCGACACAGAUCGUAGACGCAUUCGACGGUGACGACGACGACAAGGCGAUGAUGUCGUAGAGGGAGAUGGGGAAGCUUCUUAAGUUGUAUAAUUUAAGUGUUUUUAAAUUUUGCUAGAACUUAUUCAAGUUAUAUAAAUAAAAAGUUGAACUUUUUUAAA